UUUUAAUUUAUAUCAUUUCAAAUAUUAAAAGACUUUUUUCUUAGACUAUUAUUGAAAACUUAUUUGUUAAAAAUAAUAAACUGCGGAGAUAGAUUUUAUAUUGUUGGUAUAAAUUUAUCAUGGAAUUAAUUUUGUAAACACAUUAAGUCACAAACAGGUCGUAACAUCACACUGUCAAAGAUUAUAGUAUUAUUCAAAUUAUUUUACAAAUUACGAAUAUGUACGGUGGUGGAAAAAAGUAUAUUGUGGAAUAUUUAUUUAAUUGUUACAAAUGUUAUUUAAUCUUUUCCCUAGUCUGUUGCAAAUAUGAUCAAAUCUAAUUGACUUCAAGAUCGAUCCGUUAAUCACAUAUUCACUUUUUUAAGUGUAGAAAAAAGUAUGAAAUAUUUUAUUAAUAUGCAUAAAAAGCAUUUGUACCAUUGCUACAGAUAUGAAAAGUUAAAAAAAUCGAAUUUUUAAUAAUAUUCCACACUUCUUUCCACCACUGUAUGUUUAAAAUUUAAACUUAUUUAGUUUUUUACUCGUAGAUUUGCUUAUUGUCACCUGCUAAAAUGAAUGAAACUUAAAAAUGACAAGCAAUAUUUGACAAAUUAAUAUGAAAAUAUUAUUGGAUCUUUUUUGUAUUUAUUCAGUAGAAUGUGGUAAUAAAACAGGGUAGCACGAUUAAAAAUUUAAUUCUUAAACUUUAAACAAUGAAUUAUACCAUGUAACGUAAGUAUGUUGUAUUUUUGAAUAAAAAAUGGGAACAAUGGAUAGUGUAAAUAAGAUUGGUGAAAGUAAAAACUUUACAUGUAGAACAUGUGGAAAAUGUUAUACAAGAAACAGUGGACUGAAACAACACGAACGAUACUUCUGCCAAAACAAAUCCGCACAAUUUAAAUGUCCAUUUCCACAGUGCCUUUUUCAGGCGAAGCUACGAGGGGAUCUAAAUCGGCACAUAAGGAUAUCUGUUAAGAAGAAGUAUAAGUGCGAAGUCUGUGGAAAACAGUACGCUGGAAGGAGCGGCAUACAUCAGCAUAAAAAAUAUUAUUGCCAGAAUAAAGAGGCCACUUUCAUGUGCACUUACGAAAAUUGUUGUUUCAAAAGACUAAAUAAAUAGUAUCCGAUACGUUCGAGUUUUAAUAAUUGAAUUAACACCGCCACAAUUCUGAUUGUUGUAUGUAUUUUUAGCUAAAAAGUACGUGUGUGACGUUUGUGGAAAAUCUUACGCCGGAAGAAGCGGACUUCACCAGCACAAAAAGUACUUUUGCAACAAGGAAGCAACGUUUCACUGUUCCUUUCCGAACUGCACGUUCAGGGCGAAACUGAAGGGAAAUUUAAGAAAACACGAAUCUAUCCACCAAAAUUAAUUAAUAAAUAAAUGUAUUUGUGAUUAGGUUUUUGUAGUUUAAUCAUAGUGCUAGUAUAUAUCGUGCCAAAAUAAAAAUUUGAGUUUUAAUAUGAUUUUUUUUUAGCUUUUGUCUGUGACGUCUGCUUUAAGUCGUAUAAAUUGGCGAGGUCACUGUGGAGGCACAAGAAAUACGAAUGUCAAAAGGAACCCACUUUUAAAUGCUAUUAUUGUCCGUACAUGUCUAAGCAGAAGCCGUCAGUAACUAAGCACAUGAAAAUAAAACAUUAUAAUUGACGAGAUAUCUGUAUAUAUUAUAGAAUACGUAGCUAAUAAAUACUUAAACAACAGCAUGUCAAUUAGUCUUUAAUUUUGCUUCCACAGAUGCGGUUUGCAAGUUCCAAAUUGUGACAGUCCGAACUUAUGCUAUUUUACUAACAGGUGGGUGAAAUGCGAUACAAUCUUGGAGAUUGUAAUUGCACUAUUAUGAUUUUUUAUAUUUUUCAGGUAGAAGACACGUAUGUGACGUUUGUGGCAAAUCAUAUGCUGGAAGGAGUGGACUUCACCAGCACAAAAAGUAUUUUUGCAACCAGGAAGCAACAUUUCUUUGUACUUAUCCGAAUUGUACGUUUAGGGCGAAAUGGCGAGGGAAUUUGAAAAAACAUAAAGCAACACGUCAUCCUGACGUGCAGGAAUGAUUUCACUUAUUUAGUUAGUUGUUUUUUAUGCAAAAUCAGUUUUUUGAUUUGUUUAAAUAAAAAACAGUGGAUAUGAA